AUGUGGUGCUGCUGUGCAGCUGAAGAAGACACCGAUAAGGAUCCCUUGCGAGAGGCGGGCUUCGUCAAGGCGGCUCCCGCCUUCGAGCCGGAUGCCAUUCCCGAUGUAUUUACUGUGUCGCUUGGCCGGCACGCUGAGGGCGGGCAUGGUGUGCAGAUGGAUGUGACGGAUGCAGAUUGUGCCAUCAUCAAGGACGUGACCACGGGCAGCUUGGCAGAGUGGAACAAGACAGUCUCGGAAGCGAAGCGGGUGAAGCUGUACGACCGCGUCAUUGAGGUAAAUGGAUGCAAAGGCCCUUCCUUCGAGCUUGCCAAGGCUUUGGCAGCAGAAACUGAGGUUUUCUCUGUGACGAUCCAGCGGCCGGAAGAGAGGACCGUGACCUUGCACCGACCGGGUGAGAUUGGCGUGGUUUUAAACUACAAGAAGGCCGGGUCGGUAUGCCCCUGGAUCUCAAAGAUCAGCACUGGUUUGCUGCAUCAGUGGAACCAGGCAACUCCAGAGGAGGCUGUACAAGCGCACGACCGCAUCGUGGCGGUAAACGGCACCCGGGGAGCUCCUGAGGAGCUCAUGGUCAAGAUGAAGGAGGCGAGCUCCGUCCUGGAGCUGACCAUUUUGCACUAUGCAGUCUGA